AUGCCUUUUCUCGGACUUCGUGAUGGCGCCCAGCUCUUCUACAAAGAUUGGGGUAACCCCAAUGGCUCGAUCAUCACAUUUUCGCACGGCUGGCCCCUGAGCAGCGAUAACUGGGAGAACCAGAUGGUAUUCCUGGCCGAUCAUGGAUAUCGCGUCAUUGCCCACGAUAGACGUGGACACGGGCGCUCAACCCAGACCUGGAGCGGAAACAAUAUGGACACCUUUGUCGAUGAUCUCGAAGAGCUCUUCAAGCACCUCAACGUCAAGGAUGCUAUCAUGGUUGGGCAUUCACAUGGCGGAGGAGAAGUCACCCAUUACCUUGGAAAGCACGGCACCGGUCGUUUCAAGAAGGCUGUUCUCGUCGGCGCUAUACCCCCCUUCAUGAUGAAAACCUCGACGAAUCCCGAGGGAACCGAUAAGUCUAUCUUCGACUCUUUCCGCGACUCUAUGAGAAAGGACCGCGCUCAAUUCUUCUUGGAUGUUCCCACGGGGCCGUUCUUUGGGUUUAAUCGACCUGGUGCCAAGAAGAGCGAGGGUCAGAUUCGGAGUUGGUGGCAACAGGGCAUGAACACCAGUUUUAAGGCUGCCUAUGAUUCAAUCAAGGACUUUUCCGAGACAGAUUUCACCGAGGAUCUGAAGAAGAUUAAUAUUCCUGUGCUUGUACUUCAUGGUGAUGAUGAUCAGGUUGUUCCUAUCGGCGCUGCCGGACUCAAGUCGGCAAAGCUUUUGCCUCAAGGGACACUCAAGAUCUAUCCUGGUGGCUCCCAUGCGAUCCACAACAUCAACAUUGAUGAGGUGAAUAAUGAUCUACUCAAAUUUGUACGGUCUUAG